GAAAACCGCUUUCCCAGACGCAAGCGUGGAGCAGCGCGUUCCCCAGGGAGGAGAGGCUGCUGGGCUCACGACAGCCUGCAGAUCAAACUCAAAGUUUGCAGCAAAGAAAGCGACCGUAUGGUGAUGUUACCUGUGCCUCUGAGGUUACUUUUUAAAAGCAGGAAAGAGUGUUUAGUUUUAGUUUGAUGGAAAGAUUUUAAGUUGUUGGGGGAGUCGCGCGCAACUUCAGGACCACCGGCUGUCCAGUGUUCGCGUGGAGAUCCAUCCAGCUUCAGUCGACGGGAUGUGGCUGUGAUAAAUGAAGGAUUUAAGGUGGCUUCAGAGGAGUGUGCAUGACCUGAUGAUGGCCUGGCGAGUGUGGUCAAAAGUCUGCUGUCGUCAAAGAUGGCUUCUCCUCUUGUCCCCACUCCUCCUUCUGUUCCUCUUGUCCCCUCUCCCCCUGCCUUUGCCGGACACUUACAUUGACCGGCGGCCGUCCAGAGCCUUGAGCUUUAGUGGGGGGUUCAGAUACGGCCAUGGGAUGCAAAAGGAGCUCCCUCCUGUUUUUGGCAUCCGGCGGCCUCUCACUCACAUCCACAGCGGGGCCUGGAAACUCAGCACUCCAGAUGAAAUGUCUAAACCUUCAGUGGCACCUAAGCGUUUCAGAGACGCUGCUGGCAAUGACAAAAACAGCAUCAAAGAGAGAAGUCACGCAGACUCACAAGGAAAUACACACAGAAGCUAUGACAUUGCUUCUAAAAGAAAAGCAAGAGCAGGCGCCAGCCAGUAUCCAACCAGUCAUCACCAUCCCUGUAUCCUAGAGUUCUGUAACAACACGGGCCCAAAGCAUGGAAUUAAGCCAAGCAACCACAGGUCUGUGGUGAGGCACACUGCACAGACAUACAUACACCCGAAACAGAGCAGAGCAGCACGUAUAUCUGCUCUGGAUACUAUAAUAAGUGACAGACAAGAUGCAGACAGACAGGCAGACAGAUGGGAGGAAAGACACACAAACACAAAAGCAGACACGCAAAUACAUGGCAGCCGUACAAGUGCCGAGCUAUCUGAACAUCACCGGGCUUUGAAAAAACACAGGCAGCUCUCUGGGAAAUCUGACAAAGUCAAUAAGGAGCAGCAAGCUGUGAAAAAGCCCCCCGGGGAUCUUAAGAAACACCGUAAUCUCUCUGAGGAUCCCUCUGAAGCAAAGAGGAAUCCUGGACCGUUAGACCGGAGAAAAGCUUCGUCCAGAGAUGAAGGCAGCUGGUGUCAGAGCUUUAAGGAGCAGGACUCCUUAGACGGAGACCAGAGGAGGAUCAGGAUUAGUCCAGAUCUCUGGCCUCUGCCCUGGCUCAGCGAGGAUGACAUCCAGAAGAUGGAGCUCCUUGCGGAGGGAGAGGUGGUCAGUAAAGCCCGGGUUCCUGCGCAUGGGCAGGUGCUCCAAGUGGCAAUGGAUCCUCCUGCACACCAGCAGCAGCCAUCACAGAUGAAGGAUCCCCCUCAGCCUGGACCUGUCCACAGAUAUCCAGAAUCCCACGGUGAGCGCUGCCAGCAGGGGCUCUGCUCUCUGAUCAAACGCACCGACGACUGGUUUGAAGUGUUUGCCUUCCACCUGGACCGAGUUCUGGGACUCAACAGAAGUCUCACCGCAGUGCUGAGGACUUUCCACAGUGAGAUCUUACCGUACAGAUACAUCAGGGGCAUCCCCAGACCGGUAGUGUGGUGGGAUCCAGACAUCGAGCACCUCUCUGAUGGAGACAACGACCAGAACUCGAUACCACUCAGCUGGGUCCAGUACCAGAAGCUGCUGCAGGCCCACUGUGGGAGAGACACAGACCUGAAGUCUCCACCCUGUGUGGGAGUCCAACACUCUGAGUGGGGGAGACUGGCUCUCUUUGACUUCUUACUGCAGGUGAAUGACCGGCUGGACAGGUACUGUUGUGGCUUCACACCCGACCCCUCAGAGCUCUGCGUGGAGAACCUGCUGCACAAUAAGUGCACCUACACCAAGGACCUGCUGCUGGUUCACAUCCUGGUGAGGAAGGCGGAUCCCUCCAGACUGGUGUUCAUAGAUAACGCCGGCCGGCCCGAGCAGUCUAGUGACAACCUGAACUUCAGGCUGGUGGAGGGCAUCGAUGAGUUUCCAGAGAGAGCGGUGGAUGUGCUGCGUUCAGGCUGCCUGGAGAGUCUUCUUCUUCGCUCCCUCUACACGGACAGAGAGUUCUGGGACAGCCAAGGGGGGGCCAGCGGUCUCAGGCCUCUGAUCCAAACUGUGCAGCACAGAGGGAAGAUCCUCCUCCAGCACAUCAGGGACAAAAAGCUACAGCCGUAGAGGGACCUGUGACCGAGCGGAGCGGAUGGAAGCAUGGAUUUCAGACAUCAUUGGGGUUAUAAGCGGAUUAUCAAGAUGACAUUUAUGAAAUGGUACAGCGUCUUUAGGCUAAGUGUGCUGAUAUUUUUGAUGCCUGAAAUGCAAACCUUUGUUGGAAAGCAAAGGGAGCGAGAUACUACGACUUAACACAAACUGCUGUGAGAUUAAAGUCUUGAACAUUUAUUGACAUUUAGCCGGAUGACGACAGUGCUCAGAAACAAACACCACAAAAGUAUUUAUGAGCUUUUCAUUGACUAAGCAGUUAACCGUACCACAGCAUACCUCUCCACUGGUGGAUGAUAGUUUACUGAUACGACAGGGAGGAAAUCUGUUCAAUGCAAAUACCUUCAGAUGUUUGAAAUGAAAACACUUCUAAAUAAUCCGCCUUAACACCAAGUGCAUUCAGUAGCACAGACAGAGACAGACAAUCGCCACCGUGAAAGCAAAAAAUCACAAACAUACUGAAGAUAAAGAAAGAAGAAACUUUAAGUUUGUGCUGAUUUUGGUGCCCCCCGUGGACGAAGCAGUCUUUGCUAAUUCUGCCUGUAACUGGUAGCUCUUCUGUUAUUGGUCUUGUUUGCAUUUUUAGGUCAUGAAAACACAUUAAUAUUAAUUUCAGUCUGUUUCACAACCAGCUAAAAUCUCCUCACAGGGGCUGUUCAUUUAACACUGAACAACAUCCAAAAGGUUUACAUGUUUACAAUUUGUAACUAAUGGCUUUUUAAGAUUUUGAGAAGCAAGGUCAUCCUCAAUUUUUCUGGAAUGCUUUUAAAAAAUUCUCUGGCUGUGGUCAUUAACAGUCAAGUCACUAAGGACAUAUUUCACCGUUUGAAUGCUGCUCUUAUUCCUUGUAAUUCACAUCAAACCAAACAUUUCCAUUGAAGGUAACGUUAGGUAAGAUGAACAGGACUUCUGCAGGAAUAUUCAUGUUGACAUUUCUGUCCUCUUCCAGCUCUCCUUCUUCUCUUUGACGUUGACUCACCUUUAAACAUGAACAAGUCAAAAGUUUCAGCUUUGAACAUUGUGUCUGUCAUCUCUACCUCUUCUGGUUUCAGUGACUUUGUAGGGAUCAGCAGCUUAGAGAUGCUCUCACCAGAUCUGGAUUGCAGGACAGGAUGGUGCUCCACUUCUCCCUCUCAGAGGGUUCAGUAGCUCCUCAGGCUGCUCGCACAUCUGUGCCCACUAACUGUCAUUAUUUCCCCACUAAAGACCAGCCUGAGACCACACUAACGUUUUUACCACGGUGUCAACAGGCAGAGGUGACCACAGACUGAAUUGAUGUGACGUGUGAUCAUGGUGUCCCUGGAUGUUUCUUUUGCUAUUGAGAAGAAUUAGCUUUUAUGGAGUUUUGACCAAUCAAAAGCAAGUAGGUCUAAUAAUUGAUCUCUAAAGCUUUAUAAGAUUUGUGACUUUUUUUAACCAUCAUUGUUGAUAUUAAAUCUUAGAAUCUGAGACAAACAUUUGCAGCCAUUCUGAGAACAAUCAUAACUAAACACCACAGUCGGGUUGCUAAAGUAUAACCAUCCCUCCAACAAAGUGCACAGAGGACCAAAGUGAUUGUGUCUGUGAUCAAACAUGAGCCUGAAGGUAAUCAGUGUGUCGGUGAGUUUUAGGACUGGCAGGUUGUUACAGCACACACUCAGGCUCUCAUGUUUUAAGUGUCUAAUUCACGCUGAUAGUUUGAUCAUCUGCACAAAGUAAAAAAGCCCCUGUUGCUCUGCCUGUUGAUAAGCUCGUCACUCAAAACACAUUCAUACUUUUCAUCCCAACAUCUCACUAAAAGUCCCUCGCAGGAGGAAAAUACGAGCAGCGAACAAAUCAUUCCCCCGUUCUUUCACAACAGAUGAGCGCUGAUUCUGCCAAACAGUUUGGUGGAGAGGCAGAGUCUAUCUUUCUCUAUUUUAAUAUUUCACAGUGAGCCAACUGCAGAUCGAGGGAUUGAUUCAGCAGGAUGUCUGUUUUUAGGAGAUAAGCUCUUCUUCUUUUUAAUCGAGGGAUUAAAAAUGGCUGUCAGCAAAUAGCUUCUGGACCGGAUCCUGGAAGCCUUUUGAUAAAAGUGGACCAUAUAUGUGUGUGUGUUUGUGUGUGUGUGUGUUUGUGUGUGUGUUUCUGUUAUUCACAGUGGCUGUCCUUGCACAUUGUUGAGAUGCACAGCAGGGCAGAAGCAGAAGAUGAAAGAGGAAGGAUGAAUACGGGAUGAAAAUGAAGCGUCAUUAGGAGAGGACGAAGCUGAGCUGUAACAGAACAGACUUUGAGUUUCUGCGUCUCGUGAAAAGCUCUGAUGAUAUCACUCAAAGCUGCUUUAUGUCUCUGCAGCUCUGAAUUAUAAUUCCAGUCAUAUUGUCAGUUCUUGGAUUAAUGACAUCUUCUGUGGCUUUCUCUUUCAUCACUGAGUAAAUGUCUGUAAUGAGAAAUGGUUUAAACGUGUGAUCCUGUCUUUAUCCUCACUUGAUCUCCGACAUUAAAGGCUUUUUUUUUUCAUGUGUCAAACCACCA